AUGGAUGGUUCUUGCAAUAUCUUCGUGGUUGUUUUUCUUUGGUUACUUACCUUAUCAAAUGUUGAUUUAUGCAUUUGCAGAACAUCUUAUGAGGUUCAGUGCCUUCCAAGUGAGCGAGAUGCCUUACUUAAGAUGAAGAGUCAUCUCUCAGAUCCUUCAAAUAGGCUAACCUCAUGGUCUCUCCAUGCAAAUUGCUGCAGCUGGGUUUCAGUUGUUUGCCACAACAUCACAGGCCAUGUUCUUGAGCUCCACCUCACGACUCCACCUCCUUUACAGUUUGGCAGCGAUGAUUUGUAUGAGACAUUAAUGUUUGGUGGUGAGGUACAUUCUUCCUUGCUUGACUUGAAGCAUUUGAAUUAUUUGGAUUUGAGCAGUAAUAAUUUUGGAGGCAUGCAAAUACCUGGUUUUCUUGGCUCAAUGACAAGCUUGACAUAUCUUAACCUAUCUAAUGCUCGAUUUGCUGGAAGCAUUCCUCUUCAGUUUUGGAAUCUUUCCAAUCUGAUCUAUCUUGACCUUGGAGGCAAUUAUUUGGAAGGAAGCAUUCCUCAUCAAAUUGGAAAUCUCUCCAAGCUAAUAUGUCUCAAUCUCAGCAGCAAUGUUUUGGAAGGAAGCAUUCCUCAUCAAAUUGGAAAACUCUCCAAUUUACAAUAUCUUGGUCUCGGAGGUAAUGAAUUUAAUGGAAGCAUUCCUUGUCAAAUUGGAAAACUCUCCAAUUUACAAUAUCUUGAUCUCGGAGGUAGUGAAUCUAGUCUAAGCAUUCCUCGUCAAAUUGGAAAUCUCUCCAAUUUGCAAUAUCUUGAUCUUGGAUGUAAUCAGUUUGGCGGAAGCAUCCCCCAUCAAAUUGGAAACCUCUCAAAUCUAAUCAAUCUUAUCUCGGAUAUGAUGAAAACCUUCAAUGGGUUUCAGCUCUUUCUUCUCUUCAGCAUCUUGAGCUGA